UGUGAGAGAGAGAAAGAGAGUGAGAGAGAGAGAGAGAGAGAGAGACCACUCCGUGUUCAGUGUGUCGGUCGCAUACAACGGAUUCACACAGGCGCACCUUGAUUAAACUUUCUGCUACAUCAAACCGUGGUUUCUACACAGCCAUCAAGGAAGAGGACUAUGAGGGUGAAGCCCAGCUCCCUUAAAGGACGUAAAAACCAGUGCAGAUAGAGGAUUGGCGUUCUGUGCAAAUACCACAAUUCCACCAUGAGGACUUGCUUGCUGACCAUGAUAUGGGCGUGCUUGUCCCUUUAUGUGAACUCCACAUCUAUUAGCAGAAAGACUGUGUUAGAGAUGGGAGGAGAGGAGGACAGAGAUGGAGCAAAGGGAGGGAAGACACUGAAACGUUUCAAACGAGGAUGGAUGUGGAACCAGUUCUUUCUACAGGAAGAGUACACUGGGAGUGAUAAGCAGUACAUUGGCAAGCUUCAAUCUGACAUGGACAAGGGGGAUGGAACCCUGAAGUACAUUCUAACUGGGGAUGGGGCUGGAGACAUAUUUACUAUUGAUGAAAACAAUGGUGACCUCCAUGCCAAUAAGAGACUGGACAGAGAGGAGAAGGCCUUCUAUACCCUCCGAGCCACCGUAGUCAACAAGAACACAGGCCUGAAACUGGAGCCUGAGACAGAGUUCAUCGUUAAACUUCACGAUAUCAAUGACAAUGAGCCUAAAUUCGCAAAGGAACUUUACAUUGCCAGUGCACCUGAGAGGUCUAAUAUAGGUACUUCAGUCACCCAGGUAACAGCCACGGAUGCAGAUGACAGCAUGUACGGGAACAGCGCUAAACUACGAUACAGCAUCAGCCAGGGGCACCCAUACUUCUCUGUGGACCCAAACACAGGUAUCAUCAGGACAGCCCUGGGGCCUGGAGAGAUGGACCGGGAGAAGCGGGAGCACUACCAGGUGGUGAUUGAGGCCAAGGACAUGGCGGGCCAAAGGGGAGGCUUAACUGGUACCACCACAGUCAACAUCACCCUGACCGACGUCAACGACAACCCCCCACGCUUCUCUCAGAGUAUAUAUCAGUUCAGCGUUCCAGAGUCUAUAAAAACUGGAAUCCCAGUUGGGAGAAUCAACGCAGUAGAUAAAGACCUUGGGAAGAAUGCGGAGAUGUACUACAGUGUUGUCAGUGGGGAUGGUUUGGACAUGUUCGAUGUCAUCACGGACAAAGACUCACAGGAAGGCAUCAUUACUGUUCUAAAGCCGUUGGACUAUGAAAAGACCCGAUCCUACACACUGGAGAUCCAGGUACAGAACACUCAGACCUUGGACACUCGCUUCCUGGGGUACCUACCCACCAAGGACAUGGCCACAGUCAGGAUCGGCAUAGAAGAUGUGGAUGAGCCUCCUCUGUUUGAGAAAGCCAGCUACAUGAUGGAGGUGAAGGAGGAUGCAGCCGUGGGUACUGCAGUAGGGUCUGUCAGGGCUAUGGACCCGGAUGGAUACAACAGUCCAGUCAGGUACUCCAUUGAUCGUCGUACUGAUCUAGACAGGCUUUUCAACGUGCAUUCUGGGAAUGGGUCCAUAUUUACCAUAAGACCUCUUGACCGAGAAGAAGCUGCCUGGCACAACAUUUCUGUUAUCGCAACAGAGUUCAACAAACCUCUGCAGACCAGUUGGGUGCCAGUCUAUGUCCGUCUUCUAGAUGUCAACGACAACGCACCCAAGUUCGCCUCUUUCUACGAGACAUUUGUUUGUGAAAAGACUAAGGCUGGACAGAAGAUCCAGACGGUGAGUGCUGUGGAUGCAGAUGACCCGGUGGGUGGACACAAGUUCUUUUUCAGUCUGGCUAUGGAGGGGGCUUACAGAGGCAACUUCACAGUCAAAGACAAUGGCGAUAACACAGCUGGCGUCCUAACCCGGCGCUCCAGCUACAGCCAACUGCACAAGAGCAGCUACCUGGUUCCUGUGGUGAUCACGGACGGGGACUUCCCCAUGCAGAGCAGCACGGGGACGCUGACGGUGCGCGUGUGCACCUGCGACCGUGAAGGCAACAUGGAGCUGUGCAACGCCGAGGCCCAGACCAGCUCAGCUGGACUUAGCACCGGGGCCCUGGUGGCUAUCCUGCUGUGUGUCAUCAUCCUCCUCAUGAUCAUAGUGCUGUUUGCUGCUCUGAAGAGGCAGAAGAAGAAGGAGCCUCUGAUCAUCUCUAAAGAGGACGUGCGAGACAACGUGGUCAGCUACAAUGACGAGGGGGGCGGAGAGGAGGACACCCAGGCUUUCGACAUCGGGGCUCUGCGUAACCCCGAGGCCAUCGAGGAGAGCAAGCAGAGGCGGGACAUUAUCCCGUCGGGCACUCUGUACCCCCCUAUCAGACGGACAGCCAUCCCGUCGCGGAACAACGCAGACGUCCGGGACUUCAUAAACCAGCGGGUGCAGGAUAACGACAGUAACCCCACCGCCCCCCCUUAUGACUCUCUGGCCACAUAUGCCUACGAGGGAACCAGCUCAGUGGCUGAGUCUCUGAGCUCCUUGGAGUCAGCAUCCUCUGAAGGGGACCAGGACUACAACUACCUCAGUGACUGGGGGCCCCGCUUCAGGAAACUGGCUGACAUGUACGGUGCUGAGGACAGCGACCGUGAAUCCUAACACACCACCUGAACUGUUUGUGGGUGGGAGCUAGGAGGAUGACUUAUGACUGACUGUAAUCUGUCUUCUCAGAAAAGAAGAUACAUGUUGCAGCCCAAGUUUUUUUACAAAGUGCCCUUUUAUUCCUUCCAACUCAGUAGGCCAUAGUUCCUUCUGACGGCCAGACCAGACAGAGACUGUGCAGCUGUGUGGAUUUGUUUUACUGCAAGGCCGACCUUUGAAGAGAGGAUGAACUUCAGUCCCUCAGUUGAAGUUAAGAGCCGGAGUUCAGUGUCAAAAAAAAAACAAUAAAAAGAUACAUUUAUUUUUCA